UCCAGCAUCAAGCUCACAUUACCGCAAUCUCUGUCCAUGCGCUGGCGUGAGACUCGGACCAUUUUUUCCGAUUCGGCGUUCGGCGGCCCUGUAGGCUGUUGUCUUCGGCCGUCUAGAUGAAUGUCUACCCCAGCCGACAUUAUUAUGAACUUUAAAGUCCCUGGAGCUUAGUCAUUGAACCCUUCUCUGUUACACCACGAUACAGCGAGCCAACAUGCAGAACGACUCUGGAUCUUUAGAAAGCACUGAUCCUGCGAUGAUUGGAAUGUCUCGACCAGCGCUUGAAAACCAGGCGGUCUCCCUAGGAGCACCACAAGAAACGGAGAAACCGUACAGCGUGUAUUCUACAAAAGAGAAAUGGUUUAUCGUGGCACUGAUCGCAUUUGCCGGAUUAUUCAGCCCGUUAACUGCCAAUAUCUAUCUUCCAGCCAUUCCAGUUUUGACCGUGGAUUUCAACAAGUCGACGGAGCUCAUAAAUAUAACGGUUACAGUGUAUAUGGUUUUCCAGGGAUUGUGUGAGUUGUCUUUGCAAUCUAGCAUACUCAUGACCGAGGGUCCGAAAUUCUUAGCUCCUAUGCUUUUUGGUACUAUGGCCGAUCAAGUUGGAAGGCGACCGAUGUUUGCGGGGUGCCUUCUGAUAUUAUCACUAUCUUGCAUUGGCCUCGCCCUUGUACCCACUUCUGCAUAUUGGCUCCUCGUCGUGCUCCGGUGCGCGCAAGCCGCCGGGUCCGCGAGUACCAUUGCCUUAGGUGCGGGCACCAUUGGAGACAUCGCAGCACCCGUAGAACGUGGGGGCUUCUAUGGCUUGUAUAAUCUCGGACCUAUGUUCGGACCAUGCAUCGGGCCAGUCAUAGGCGGAGCUUUGUCAAAUGGCUUGGGUUGGAGGUCUAUUUUCUGGUUCCUGUGUAUCUCCUCUGCCGCGUGCUUUGUUGUCAUCGUUCUAUUUCUCCCCGAAACAUUACGAUCUCUUGUAGGAGACGGAAGUGCGAUACCCUCUAAACAUUAUCGGCCCUUAAUACCGGUCGUUGGGAAAACGGCUUCUGAUCCUUCUUUCGCAAGACCACCGCCAAAGCCUUUUCGGAAUCCUCUUCGGAUUUUGAAUAACUUAGAUAUCAUGAUGGUGUUAAGCAUCAAUGCGGUCAUCAAUUCGUUGUAUUAUGGCGUAACUGCAUCGAUGUCAACACUUUUCAGUGAAGCGUACCCUUCCUUAAACCAAACCCAAAUUGGACUUUGCUACCUGGCUAUUGGUGGAGGUAUGGUUAUAGGGUCAUCUGUGCUAGGGCGCGUCUUAGAUCAGGAAUAUGGAAGGUUGCAAAGGUCAGUGGUAGCCGUUCAAGCUCCAGGUAAUACGGAGAAAAGCGAAACUGGAAUCGACGACAACUUUCCUAUUGAAAAGGCUCGACUUAGACUAGUUCCGUUCAGUAUGCUAAUCUUUGCAGCAUGUUGUGCUGGAUAUGGCUGGAGCGUCCAAGAGCACACCAAUCUCGCGGGACCAUUACUACUACAAGUAGCCAUCGGUUUCACAACAAUGGGAAUCAUGACUUCGACGCAAACACUCCUCGUAGAUCUGAUGCCUUCACAAAGUUCAUCUGUCACUGCAUGUAACAAUUUUAUCCGUUGUAUCGCUGGAGCUGUACUAGUUUCGACAAUGGAUCUCCUUCUCCGAGCGCUCGGUGCUGGGUGGACCUAUGUUUUGCUGGGGGGGAUAUGUAUGUUGACGAUUCCUCUCGUUUACUUGAUUAUCCACUUUGGUCCACCUCGACGUAUUAAACGAAGACGGGCAUUAGCUACUAUAAACUAGAACAAGACUGAAAAACUGUAUUUAUAUUAUGUUUCAACUAAGCGACUACAGUAUGAAUUCUGG